GCAAUCAAUGCAAAUUUCAACAGUUUCAAAUCACCGUCCAGCAGCCUGUUUUGAGCUUUUUGAUACUCCAAAAGCUGCUCUUUUAACAGUAUCAAUGCAAAUUCUAACAAUGUUAUUGGAAGUUGCAAUCUAUUUUAUUCUCGAAUCAAAAGGAUUUUUUGUGAGCAGUGGAAUAUUUCGAAUGGUUCUUUUACCAGUUGCAACUGUAUACAUUGGUGGAGCAAUUCUUGCUGCUUUUGGAAUUUUGAUGAAACGAAGAUUAUUUAUUACAAUUCAUACGACUAUUACAAUGACAUUAAUGUUUUUGACUGAUGCUCUUGCUAUUUCAAUUAUUUUUUUAAUGGCAAUUGGAAAACGAUCUACUUAUCUAAAUCAACUACCGGGCCAAUUUGUAAAUGAAAAUAAAUUCUACAGUGUCCUUGGCCCAUUUUGGAUGUAUCUUGGUGCAAUCUGUCUUCAUAUAACUGUUGCAAUCAAUAUGGCAUUUUUGCAGCCACUCAAUGAAUAUUCAGCUUCGUUUGAAAAUGGAUCCGAGAAGGCCAAAGCGACACCGACGAAUUAUACAGAUGAUGAGAAAAAACAAGAAAUUGAUCAAUAAAAUGUGUUUAUUUUUGGGAUACAGGAUUUUCAAUUUUUCAAUAAAACUUUUCAAUC